AUGGCGAACGUGCGGGAUAGUGACAUAUCUUUGUGGCUCCACAAUAAACUCGGUACAUCGAACGAUUCUUGGACAAGUGGCUCGAUUUGUUCACAAUUAAACGCUGAAGUAUUAAAGAAUAUAAAAGACUGUUUUCCAGAAUUACAACCGCAAGUGAAAUUGAAAUUAUUACUAAGUUUCUUUCAUAUCCCGCGCAGAAAUGUUGAAGAGUGGAAAAGUGAACUCGAAGAGAUCCUUGAAGUUGCUGCAAUGGAUUCAGACCUCUGGGUGGCGAUGCUUGCUGAAGUCCUCAAAACGUACCCCUCAGCUGGCACCCUUAAUACAGAGAUAGCAGAGUUUGAUGAGACGAGACCAAUAUUUAGUGAUAUGAUUGGAGAGUUAAGGAGAGCUUUAGCCAAACAUUCGGAUCUAGGAUUAUUACCGCUGGAGUGCCUGUAUUUAAAUAAGAAUGCUUUAGUAUCUGUGGUUGGCCAACAAACAAAUCCGAUAAAACAUUUUACACUGAAACGGAAACCUAAAUCGGCAUCGCUCAGAAGCGAGCUCCUUGCCAAAGCUACAGAGGUUCAGGCAAAUCAGAAGAAAGCUCAAGCUCCUACCGUACCAAUACGUAGCAGAGGGAUGCCUCGGAAAAUGACAGAUACUACUCCGCUGAAGGGUCUUCCGUCGUUGGGCGCGGGUCGUGCGGCCAUGCGCGCGGGCGGCACGGGCUGGCGCUCGCAGCGUCCCGGCAUCAAGCUCCUCGACAUCGCCGACCAGCCCGCCACGCAUGCGCAGAUCAAGAAACGAAGAAAACUUGAAAUGGAGGAGGGCGCAAAGAAAGCUGCCGCCGCUGCCCCGCCCUCUCCCCCUCCGCCGGCCGGUGAUAAGACACAAAACAACAAAACAGAAGAACCUCCCACAAGCGUCCCCAGCUCGGAGCCGGCGCCCGCGGCGUCCCCCCCUCCCGCCGGGCCGGUCCCCGCGCCCCCCGCGCCCGCCCGCGCCGCGUCCCCCGACCCGCGCCCCGCACUCCUGCACGACGGACCCCCGCCUCUUGCCAGCCCCAUACUCGUACAGGGUCCUUCUGGUGGCAAGCUGGUGCUAGCGAGCGGUGGGAAGCCGGUUCUGGUGCCGGCGCUGCUUAACUCCUCAGCCGUGUUACUGCAGCCUGGUGGAAAAGCUGUGUUACUGCAUAAUAUUAAACAGGUCACCCAGCCCGUGGUCCAGCAACAACAACGGACAACUGUUCCCGUACCGGCCUUACAUCAGACGCAGACUUUACAUCAUCAAAUACCACAGACGCAGGUGCAGAUUCAACAGCAAGUACAGCAGCCCGCCCCCGUGCAGCCGGCGCCCCAACCAGCUGCCACGCCUCUACUGCCCAGAAGAGGACUCUCCCUUACGCGAGAACAGAUGCUGGAAGCCCAGGAUAUGUUCAGAAAUGCAAAUCGUGUUACGAGACCGGAAAAAGCUCUUAUACUUGGUUUUAUGGCUGGAUCUAGAGAUAAUCCGUGUCCGAACCUCGGCAAUAUUGUUACGAUAAAACUCUCUGAAAACAUUGAGAAUGUUCUACAGUCGGACGACACGUAUCUCACUAUGCUCUCAGAGAUGCAUUUCCAAAUGAACUACAACAAUGGACAGUGGACUAGACUCAAGAAGUACCGACCUAUAGACGGCAUGGUGCCGCAGAAGAUACCUCCAGGAUCCACUGUGAUAUCAGCCGGGAAUCAGCAGCCUGUAGUUUCAAUAGCCAACCAAACGAUUAGCUAAUGUGCUUCAGUGAUAAAUGACUUUGACAUUAUUAAGUGUUCUCAACUUAAGUGUUGAAAUGUGUUAAAUGUGCUUGUGGCCCCGGUAUCAUGCGUGACAGGUUCGAGACUGGCCACUUACUGUGCUAUUUCAGUUUUACUGAAUGUGACGUGAAAUUAUAUCGGUAUGCAUAAUAUUAUUGAUGUGAGACAAUACAUUCAGAAAUGAUACAAAUUCUAAAGUAAUUUAUGAAAAUUAUUACACUGUGCAGUAUCAAAAGUAGCAAAUGUAAGUACAGAAUAUAAAGAGUUUUUUAACUGUUCUAUAUACAACCCCCAAAAUGAUCUAUUAAAAUGUGUGUAAUGUAUAUUAUACUUUUUAUCUAUACUAAUAUUAUAAAGAGGAAAGAUUUGUUUGUUUGUUUGUAUUGAAUAGGCUCCGAAACUACU